UAUCAAGUGUAGCUUUCUUCACUGUCUUCCAUAUUUGAAUAACUUGACAAACUUCAAUCCAUCUCCUAUUCAUCACAUAUAGCUAUACCCUAAAGCUAUAAUUCUCUUUGAUUUAAUUUCUUAGUUAAACCCUUCGAGAAAAAUGACUAUCUCAACUCUUCCCAAGUUGCCGGCCGCUCACGAUGAGUUGGCAAACUACAUCGCCAACCGUCCUGAGACUCCAAUGGCCGAACUGAUGGAGCCUUACCGCGCCUUCGAGGCUCGAUUGCGUGAAAUAUACGCCCAGCAGCGUAACAAUCCUAUCCUCGAUGAUCCAUUCCUCAAUUGCCUCCCCCUUUUCACCAAAGAUACACUAAAUAUCAAGACCCGUGCUCGUAACCUUGAAGCAGAAACGCCUAGCGAGAAAGAAAAGUACAUCAUGACCCUUCCUAGCGAUAGACGACGUGCAGACGGUUCGCCUGCCACCGUUUCUUCCCUCAAGGAAUUUCGCCAUAACUUCAGCAUCUUUUCUGAGUCUUCCCUCGCUGAAAUGGACUGGAGCAACGUUGUCGCCGCUGGAUCUUCCGUUGUCAAUUGUCUCUUACCUGUUCCCGAACAAUACAGAAAAUCCAAGAGGUCACUUCGUUAUUACUACCACGAGAAAUUUUGCCCCGCUUCUGAUGUCGACUUGUUCUUGUACGGCCUCGACGAAGAACAGGCUAUUGAGAAGAUCAAGGACAUUGAAACUCGCAUUCGUGAUGCAAUUCUCACUGAAGUGACUGUCGUGCGAACCAAGAACGCUAUCACCAUCUGCAGCCAGUAUCCUACUCGCCACGUUCAGAUUGUGCUUCGAGUGUAUAAGUCUAUUUCGGAGAUUCUAACUGGGUUUGAUAUCGACUGUUCCUGUGCCGCUUACGACGGCAAACAGGUUUACUGCACUCCGCGUGCUCUGGCUUCUUACAUCACCCAAAUCAAUCCGAUCGACCUUAGUCGGAGAAGCCCUUCUUAUGAGAACCGUCUUUCUAAGUACAGUCACCGAAAUUUUGAGGUUUACUGGUCGGAGCUUGACCGAUCUCGUGUUGACCCUACAAUAUAUGAACGUAGUUUCCAGAUGACACUUGGACUCGCCCGGCUACUUGUGUUGGAGCGUCUGCCAACUACAAAUGCGCGAGACGAAUAUCUGAGGAAGCGCCGUGAGGAACGUGGAAGACCCCUACCACCUGUUCGUUAUCAGUUUCAUCUCCAGGGAAAUAUCAAGGAGAACCACGAGGAUGAAGUCGCGGACUGGGUUGACGAAGAUGAAGUUUCCAAUUACCACACUUUUACCGUUCCUUACGGCACCAAGUUCAGCGCCAAAAAGGUUGAAAAGCUUUGCUAUACUAAAGACCUGCUCCUAAAUGCUGAAUGGAAUCAACCAAAGGAGAGGGAGGUAUAUCUCCACAGGCAUCCUGCUUUCUUUGGGCGGAUUGAAGAUGUCAUUGAGGACUGCUGUGGGACUUGCCCAAAGCCACAAACCCCAGAGGAGAUCGAAGUAGCGGAGAAGGAAAGCGAGAUUUACGUAUCAGGGAAGAUUUCUUUCCGCAUUGACGAUCCAGGCAGACAGCAAAUCGGUAGCUUCAACCCUCUCACGGAGGAUGAUUGGACUGAAAUGGCGUAUGUGGGCAACACAGCUCGCCUCUGCCAGGCCAUUGUUGAUGGUGAUCUCGAACACGUUGAAGACUGGCUUUCUCAAGAAGGAGCCGAUCCCAACACAAGAGAUUAUACAGGACGAACUCCGUUGCACCUUGCUGUUUCCAGCUCAACGCCUGAAAUAGUCAAGUGUUUAGUUGACCACGGCGCUCGCCUCGUCGCUCGCUUAGCCGAUGGUCGGACCGCUCUUCACUUAGCCGCGGCACGUGGCGAUGCUAAAAUUGUCAAGACCCUUCUAGAGAAAAGCAAUGCUAACGAGGAGGAGGAGGAAGAGAAGGAGGAUCAGCGCCGCAAAGCUCGCCAAUUGGAGCAUAAGGCUAGCCAGGUGGACGAGCUCGAUAAGAAGACCACCGCUGAUAAGUCCGACAAAGAAUCUGAGGAAGAUUCCGACGCGGAGCUAGUCGACGAUGAUAUGUCGGAAGAAAAUGAUGGUGUAGAGUCCGUCGCAACUGGAUCGUUCGUUAAAGUUGCUAAGAAGGAUGAAAGGAAGGAUAGCGAUGUGGCAAUCCCAGAGGACGACCAGAGCGGUCCAGAUUUCUACAAGGUCGAUGCUGUCGCUUGGGAUUCGAAAUGCAGCGCUCUUCACCUGGCCAUUCUCAAUGGCCAUUGCGAAAUCGUCAAGCUUAUGUGUCAAGAGUUUGGCGCCGACGUACUCUUGCCCGUUAAACUUAACGACCAGUACAACUCAAAUAACGUUGCAAUCCUAACCUUGGUCUUGGCCUUGACUCUUCCAGCUGAUAAAGCUGUGCAAAUGGCGGAUACGCUGCUGAGCCUAGGUGCUACUUCAUCUCAAGCGGAUGCCAAUGGUGUUACGGCGUUCCAUCGAUAUAUCCAAAACGGUGGAGCAAGCUUGGUUGAGAAGCUAUGGGAAAAUGACAAGGUCGGCCUCAAGGCGGCCCUCAACCACGUGGCUGUUAUUGGCAACUAUUAUAACGGCGAUGCUAUGACUCCGCUGAUGACGGCCAUCGCCAAGAACGAUACGACUCUUGUACUCAAACUCCUCGAAGUGGGAGCAAAACCUCAUAUCGAUUUCGAAUCAUGGUUGAAAGGCGCGAAGGUCACAUUGCAAAACUAUCUAAAUGAUUACGAAAACAAUCUCAGAGUUUUCGAAACCACCACUGACCAGCCCCUAAUAGUGGCUAUAAAGUCCGAGCAACCUUCUAAUGCCAUUGAACUACUAGAGAAAGGAGCAGAUCCCAACGUCAUAACAAAGUCAAGCCAUAAUCUCGUUCGGAAUAUCGGUUUCUGGCGAGGUAUGUCUCAUCAAAAGGGUGAAACCGCACUGGAUGUAGUCCAUGAUCUACUCCAUCAAUUCCGUAAAUACAAGGAAAGGUUAGCUGGUACAACUGACUCGUUUCAGCCCAACAAGAGACCAGGUUUCUACAGCAUAGAAAGAAAUAUUUGGGUAGAUCAGCCGGUGGAACCAAUUCAAACCACGGAGUUUCUCACGAAUUUUGCUGAGGGUACAUAUCAACACUGGGUAGUUUCCACAGACAUCGCACGGGCGGCUGCCGAUUAUCGCUCGGCCGUGAAGAACUUUGAAAAAGAGAAGAAUGACAAUGAUAGCCUUAAAGGUACAGGGGAGAAGCUUGAAGCUAUCGAGGACAUCAUCUCGCAGCUUGAAAGGGUCGAAAAGACCCUUGAGGCUAAGGGCGCGAAGACUUUCAAAGAACAAUACCCCGAUGUCAUUAGAAAGCUGAAAGAAAACGCACACCCAGAACCGGACACCAACAAACCGGAGGAAGCUCCCAACACACCUCCAUACUCCCUAAAGUUCGAAUUCAAAAAUGCCCCAGACGUUACAGAAGCGCGAAAGGCUGCGUAUAUAAAGCUGUUUGAAGCGGCGUGGAAUGGUGACCUCGAGGUCAUCAAGUCACUUACCCUAGCUUCCUGGGAUGCAGAGAAAAAGGAACCACCCCUUACAAUGGCGGUGUCCGAUAUGAAACAGAACAAUCCUUUCUCGCUCGCAUUCCUCCGUGGACAUUACGGGGUGGCCAAAUCAAUCCUUGAGAUUGCGCACGCUCAGUGGUUACCAAAAUCAAAGGGCGCAACACGCUUCAGAAUGAACACUGAUGAAGAUGACUCCCCUCAAGUAGAAUCCGAUAACGACGAUGACGAUGACGACAAACUGGAUGUACAUGAGGAAGUCAUAGACGAUCAAUUUACAAUCGACAAUGUUGGCCAAGUUUCUAUGCAGGUCAAGAGCAACACGCUUGCGAGUACACUCCUAAAUUGGACAUCACCUACAUUCACAAUGCAGCUUGAUGGUUCAGUUAAAACCACGGGGAAGCAAGAGACUCUCUUCAAAUACACAAUUAGAGAGAACGACACGAAGGGUUUCGAUACUCUAGUCGACUUUAAUAUCGACUUCGCGGCUAAGGAGCCUAACGACGAAGACGAAACCCACAAAUUCUACACGUUGCCCUUGCACCACUUCAGCAGCGCUUUGAGACGUGGACGGACAGAAAUGCUUGCCACUGUCAUCAGACGAACUGGGGCUGGAAUCCCUAUAGAUGAUCUUGUAAAGAAAAGCGGCGCUGAACUGAAAGUAAAACCUCGCUAUUACCAGGGCUUGAGUGUUUACGGGAAGAAGAGAGCAGACUGGGCCAAUGCUGGCCGCAAUCUUGUAGUCAAGUCCACCGGGAGCAAGGUUCCGCCAUUGCUUUCUGCAGCUUUCAGUGGCAGCUUAGAGGCUACAGAGUGGUUUGUCAGCGACACUCCAAUGCGACACUACCUGGAGUUUGGAAAAUCCGAUAGUGCUCAAGAGGAUAUUCGCUUUAAGCACUUGAACGAAGCACCUGGAGGAUUUGAUAGAGCUAUCGCUAAAUGGCUCGGCGUCCAAAAUGAUUUCGUUAUUCAUUCUGUGGUAAUGGGAACCCCGCGAAAAGGCACUACAAGCCUCAUCGAAUACCUCAUCAAGGUCUGCCCAUCGUCUCUUGAGGCUAAGUCAGACCAGGGAUAUACUCCCUUGUAUUUGGCCUGCCUCCUAGGAAGAGUCCAAGCCGCAAAGACGCUUAUCAAUGCCGGAGCCAACCAAUUCGUCAAAGAUAAAGAGUACAACAAUAUUAUCCAUGCUACUCUCAAGAAUCGCCCUAGAUAUGACCAGCUCAAAGAACUCAUAGGUCUUUUCGAUCCCGAUCUGAGAUCUCACAUGUUCGCUCAGCGAAAUAGCCUUACACACGGAGGUGAUACUCCCCUUCAUGCCUGGUUGAGAGAUGCCAAUCCAGUUUCGCAGCGUUGGCACUGGGAUGGAGAACAGAAUAUUUGCAGCCUUGAAGACGAAGUCUUCGAUAACAUAAGGAUCCUGAAACUAGUCCUGGAAUUCUCCGGUGGGGUGGAGCUAGAAGUCAUGAACGGCUCCGGUGAUACGAUCCUUCAUACCGCAGUACUCCGACAUCUUCCGGAACAAGUUCACGUGCUUCUUUCUCAAAACCCCGGCUUGGUAUACCGCGAAAACGCAGUCGGAAGAACACCUGCCGAAAUCGCACACGAUAUCUUGACUAACUCGAAGGUGGAAGGUGUAGAUCCUAUGAUACGUCCCAACCGUCAAUCGCUAGUCCAGCGGUUCCAAACCAGGCAUCCUAAGACUUUCCUUCCCAAGGAGUCUUCCCAGGAUGAUGAUCAUAGCGGAAAAACUCGCAAGCAACGUACUUGGCAAGUCAUUGAGGAGUAUCUCGCCAAAGUCGACGGUAAACGUCGCCUUGUUAGCCUGAACGAGGCGAACGAUGUGGCUAAGCGACUAGGCGAGAAUUACGCCUGGCAACGAUAUUAUCAGCGACACACUAAGUCCGAAUUGGAGCAAGAGCAGCGAGAAGAGGAACAACCCCAGAAGGAAGAGAAGGAGGAUGAUUUUGUCACGAGCAAGUAUGCCGAGGUUCGAUAUUCGGCAUGGGAGAAGGAACAGGAGGAUUAAGCUGGUGUUGUUAGUGUUAUAGUCGUGGAAGAAGUGAUAUGCAGUCGUAACUGAUCGAGACUGUCUACUGUAUUUUCUUUAUAGAUGAUAUAUAUUCAUUAUAGUUUACUGUGCCGUCGUUCAUCUCAUUCCAAUCGUGAGACGCGUAUUGGAAAUCCCCCACAAGGUAUCCAGUAGGGGGGACCCUAGGUAUCCAAACUGGGACGUUUCAUGGGAAGCUAGUACUCGUCCCCUCUAUUUCCUAAUUGCGACCCUUGCUGUU